GAGGAACUUCAGAGUGGAGCAGCAGGGUUAGGAUUUCAGAGUUGGGAGAGCGAUUUUGGCACUUCCACUAAGAGGACGGUCAUCUAUCCCCCUAAAACGCUAUCCUUCGCCUUUUUACAUGACUGUCCCUUUCAUGCCUUCUUUUGACAAACAAUAAGACGCGCUAGACUCAGCGGGGAUGUACACGGCCGGGCUCAACCCGUUUUACGCAUCAAAUUUUAGCCUCUGGUCCGCGUACUGCGCGGGGGGCUUCGCUGUGGAUACGAUGAAGAAACCCUCGUUUUGCAUCGCAGACAUUUUGCAGGCUGGAGGGGAUGCGGAGAACAUCCCGGGGUCGUCGGCGCUCAUGGUGCACAUGGGACACCACCACCACCACCACCACCACCGCGCGCAGCAGCAGCAGCAGCAGCAGCAGCACUCCGGCAGCUCUCCGCUGCGCCCUUCCCCUGUCGCGCCGGAGCCGUCGGUGUACGGCGCGAGGGUGAGUCCGGCGUCUCCCUACCACAGACACGGACUACAGCUAACCUCAGUCUCCAGGACUGCAUUUAACUCCCAACAAGCUCCCCCGCCUUCGAGCAAAGACCUCAAAUUCGGAAUUGAUCGGAUACUGUCGACAGAUUUUGACCCAAAAGGCAAAGAAAAGUCGUCGUUAAGAGAUCUCACGUCCAUCGUUAGCUCGAACCGUCAGUCAGGGAUCCACAUCCCCGUUCAGCCUCCGGCCAGCCAGUACUUCUCCUCCAUAGACCCCGGGAUGAGCGACGCGUCCUCCAUGAUGAAUUCACUAGGCAGCAGCAGCAGGCAAUCAGGCCAGCAUCAGUUUCAGGACACCUUCCCAGGUCCGUACGCCGUCCUCACAAAAGACACAAUGCCACAGACGUACAAGAGGAAAAGGUCGUGGUCGAGGGCAGUGUUUUCGAACCUGCAGAGGAAAGGACUUGAGAAGAGAUUUGAAAUACAGAAGUAUGUCACCAAGCCAGACAGAAAGCAGCUGGCUGCGAUGCUCGGCCUGACAGACGCUCAGGUGAAGGUGUGGUUUCAGAACAGGCGCAUGAAGUGGAGACACUCCAAAGAGGCCCAGGCCCAGAAAGACAAGGAGAAGGACGAGAAGUCGGACAAGAGCGCGUCUGAGUCCGGGAGCAGGGAGCCCAAAGAGCCGCUGGAGUCUGAGUGUGAGAGCGAGGGAGAGGGAGAGGGAGAGGGAGAGGGCAGGAGCGAGUGUGAAUCCGACGACGCCCCGGAGGAGGAGAGCUCUGACGGACACUUGGACAUUUCUGAGCACAACAAAACCAGCGUGAUCAUGAGCGGGAGUGGGCCGGCGAGCAGCGCGGAGGCGGCGGCCACAGUCACAGACACAGCGACCUCACAGGUGCUAAUAUGAAGGCAGCGUGUUGAUUUAGGUCAUGAACAAUGAGAACGAGCGUGUUUUUGUUGUUAUUAUUUUUGACAGAAGAAUGACAGUGAUGUUAAAACACAUCUGGAGUGGCAGAGUCAGUUUCACUAAACAAAGAAGUGUUGAGGUUGUUGCAGCCAGAGCCAGGCCUGCAUCCGUCUAAUUCCUGGAAGCAAGUGGACAAACAAGGCAGUAUUAUUAGCUCAACAUGACACAUUAUUUUAGCCCAGACACGAGGAACAAAAUCCAAAUAAAUUUGUCAAUUUCAUCAUUUUUUCUUCUUCUAUCUGUAAGGCUAUAAUAAUGCUAAAACCACAGGCUUUGUUAGUUUAAAAGUGUGACUUCCGGCCUCCUCCGGUGUUUCUUUAUUGUCGUUUUCCUCUCAGGAGCUUCUGUGUGCAUCAUGUUUUCCUCAUCUGAAGGAAAUAUGCGGUUGUGAAUUUUAUUUUUAGGUUAUGAACCACUCGUUUCACCUUAUAAAUGGAAUCUCAGAACAUCACGCUGUGUUCAUGUAUUUUGUUUUUGUCUGGAUAUAUAGUUGUGCUAUUUUGUUAAUAAUAAUUUGCACUGAAAAUAUUGUAAAUAAAAUGUUUCUUACGUUGAAAA